CUCAAGGCAGCCACACUAGACGCAGGCUGGGGACACAGGAGGGCCCCAGGCCCAGAAAGGGCCCAGGGCAAGACGAUGGCCAGUGAGAGCACUGAACUCAGCACCAGGAUGUCCACAGAAGACCAGGGCAUAGACGACAGUUCUAUCUACGAUAUUAUAUUCAAUCACUUCAAAAGAAAUAAGGUGGAGAUUUCAAGAGCAAUACAAAAGGAAUUUCCUUUCCUUCAGAUUCUUCGUGACCGUGAACUCAUCACCAAUAAAAUGUAUGAAGAUUGUCAAGAAUCUUGUAGAAACCUGGUCCCUGUACAGAGAGUGGUGUACAAUGUGCUCGAAGAACUGGAGAAGACAUUUGACCUAUCACUCCUGGAAGCAUUAUUCAGUGAGGACAACAAACAGGAAUACCCUGCCUUAAAUAAUAUUUAUAAAGGAUUUGAAAAUGGCACUGGUGAAAACUCCUAUCAAAGCCUGACCUGGAUCUGCUCACAUCCCUUGAAUUACAAUGGUACAUCCCCACCUGAAAAUGGACUGUCAGAGCACCAUCGUGAAAGAGGACAGAUAAAUGUGAAUGAAACAGUUACAACCAGUAACAAUAAUGAUGCACUAGAAAGCCAACAAGCGAAUGAACAAAGUGCCCAAGAGACUGAGUCAGCAGAGUCCUACGAGCAAGUACCCAUCCAAGGAAAUAAUGAAAAUGCAAGACUAGAGAUGCCCAGCCCAUUGCCCUCUGAUGAAGAAAGAGCAGAACUACCCAACCAUGGAAUCCAAAUAAAUUCCUGUUCUGUACGUCUGGUAGAUAUAAAGAAGGAAAAGCCAUUUUUUAAUACAAAUGCUGAAAAGGACACCCAAAUAUCUAACGUAAUAGUGAUCAGCAGUGAUGAAGAUGAGUCCCCCAAAGCCUCUACCUCGGGACAAAGAAGGAGGCCUGAACCCCUGGAUUUGAGCACAUCACCCACAUGCAGAAAAAGACUUUGGGAAAAUGGGAGAAAUCAUGAAGAGUCUUCUGAGUCCAGUGCAGACGAGACGCCCCCGGCAAUCAGGAGUUACACAGUGAGAAGUGAUCCUGAGGAGGAGGAUUCUCCAGAUAUUGGAAACCAAUCUACUCUGAAGAUGAGCAAUAAGAAAAGACGGAUCAACAGUGGUGACUCUUCAGAAUUGAGUAAUGGAGAAGAGCCUCGGGAAACUUCUAGUUCAGCCCUCAGAAAUGGGUCAGGAGCAGAGCUCCAAGGACUUGGAAAUCAGAAGUGUUCCUGUGUCGUGUGUUCACCAAGUGUUGUGCCAAGAGGCCAAGAAGCAAGGCCUGAAUGUAGCCAAACAUCUGACAUGAUGGGUACUAUGGAUAUUGGAAGCAGUUCUAUUUUGGAAAAACACAGUGGGAAACGAAGAAAAAAGAGAAGGCACAUAAGUAAAAAAACCAGUCCCCAAAAAGUGAGAAGCAGAGGCAGAGAUAGAAUCCAGUCUCUGAAUAACAGAGUCCCAAGGAAAAGAAGCAAACCAAAAGGGAUAAAAGCAGUCAACAACAGGCCUUUGAAAAGAAGCAGAAAAAGAGGUCCAAGAAUUCCCAGAGAUAAACAUAUGAACUUUAAACGCUCUAUACUUCCCGUGACCUGUGGUCCAGCAAAGGGGGAAUUAUAUAAAGAGAAAAUGAAACAAGGAAUCUCAGCAAAGUGUAUAAAGACAAAUGAUGGGAAGCAGCUCACCCUCAAGGAAUUUGAAAUUGAAGGAAACCACGAAAGGUCCAAGAAUUGGAAGCUGAGUGUGCGCUGCGGUGGAUAUCCCCUGAAAUACCUGAUUAAGAAAGGAUUUCUACCAGACCCACCGAGAACAAGAAAGAUAGUACCAGAUUCUCACAGUGAUAACAUUAUGGACCCAUAUCCAGAAAACUCAAAUAUAUGUGAGAUGUGCCAUAAAGGAGGAACGCUAUUUUGCUGUGAUACGUGUCCAAGAUCCUUUCAUGAGACAUGCCACAUCCGUCAUAUUGAUCCUAGCAGGGUCCCAUGGAAUUGCAUCUUCUGCGAGAUAAAGUUUAUUCAGAAAAUGUGUCCAGAACGUCAACCAUGUCAUCAGGAAUCGGAGAUCCUAGAAAGGAAGAUGCUGCAUGAGGAGCACUUGAAAUGUGAGUUCCUCCUCUUGAAGGUCUGUCACUGGUCAAAAAGCUCCUUUUUUAUCCAAAAACCAUAUUAUAGUAAAAAGCGAUCUCAGAGCCUGACAAAGUGCGUGUGGUUAAACAAAAUCAAAGAAACACUGGCUUCUAAGUUGUACCUCCAAGUGAAGGAUUUUGUGCAGGACAUGCGCCUCAUCUUUCAGAACCACAGGAAAAUUUAUGAGGGCCAGAAAUUCAUCAUGCUGGGAAUUCAAAUAGAGGCCAAAUUUGAGAAAAACUUCAAAGACAUUUUUGGAAUUCAGUAAAUCAGCAAGAAGAGUUCUCAGUCCGAGCCCAUUACUUUGUGAUUUUUGUCCAUUUCUGUUUCCCGCUUCAGAGCCUCCAGCAGUACAUGGCCAAGUGUCCGUGGUCCCGCUGACCAUUCUGUCUAAUGAUAUGCAAAAACAAUCACAUCACACUUCUUUUUUCAAACUUAUUUUGUCAUUAUUUCAGCUCAUUUAUUUUUCUAAAUAGAAAGUGUAAAAUUGUUUUGUCCAGAUCUCUUAUUAAAUAAAUUGGAGUGAAAUUUA